UGUCAUCACUUGAAAAACGUAAUGACGUUACUUUGUUAUUAUUUUCGUUAGGGGUUGAAUUUCAGGCAUGAAUUUAUUAUUGAAUUUAAAUAAUCCGAAGCGUUUCAAUGGUGUUUUCUAAGGUUUGCACACAGUGCAAUGCCGAAUAAAGGUAUAGAACUGAAUCGCAGUAGUCAUCAAAUGGACAAUAAGGUGGUAACUCCAGUGUCGCAACAUGGGAUUGCUGGCAAGGUGCUUCCUGGUGCUACGAAGGUGCCUGUUGUAAAGAGCGUAAAAGACGCGGCCAUGUCUCCGGGAGCCCCAGCUAGUGGUGAUGCAGAGCGGACGGAGUUGCUGGGCUCUCUGACUACUCAGCAGCAACAGCGGACCAGCGCCAGGGUGAUCAAGAAGCUGCGGCUGGAACCACCUGCUGAUAGAGACAAGAGACCUGAUAUUCCAGAAUGCGAGACCCCAAGCAAGAUCGACGAGAAAGAACUAAAGUUUCCCACAGUGAAACAGAGAAUGCCCAAAGCCCUCUGGUCUACUGACGAAAAGAACUUGUUCUUCGAGGCUCUGAACGAGUACGGGAAGGAUUUUGAUGCCAUUACUGCUUACAUCUGCGCUAAGAUGAAGAAGAAGGGCAUGCCUGAUGUGAACCUGAAGACCAAGACUCAAGUCAGCCACUUCUACUACAGAACAUGGCACAAGCUGUCCAAACAUGUGCACUUUGAUGAGAAUGUAAAGAAAGUGGCCCAAGAGUUAUACGCGUUGAUAAACUACGGCGAGCUGCGCAAGAAGCUGGUGUCUGUGAACGAGAAGACGUGCGCUCGGCUCGGCGACAUGGUCCUGUGUGGCAGCAUCGUGGUGCGCGCGCGCGGACGCAACCUGCGCGUGCGCACGCCCAUGUGUCGCGCGCUCAGGAGGCUCAAUCAAAUUACUGAGCGUGCGUGCGGCGCGCGCGUGUGUUCCCGCGCGCAGGUGGUGCUGCGCGCGCGCGACGGUAUGUCGUGGGCGCGCGUGCAGGCGGCCGCGCACAACCCGCGCGCCGCGCUCACGCUGCCGCUGCGGGCGCGUCUGCACGCGCUCAUCCGCGCGCUGCAGCAUCGCUGGAGGGACACUUCUACCUUCAAGCACAAGAUAUGCGACACCAUCGAGGUGAAACCAGAAGACUCGCAGAAGGACGUAGAGGACUGCCCGUGCAUGGAGGAGAGCGAACCGAACAGGGAGCUGGAGGAACAUCUCAACCUGGAGACUGACAGGAUUAUUGUACAAGAACAAAAAGCCCCAAAGAAGCUGGCGCUCCACGUGGGCCCCAGGCCGGGCGCCGACAUCCACCUGCCUGUGGUCAGUCCCAGUGAGCAGCUCUCCAGCCAGAAGAUAUGCUUCUCCUCAUACCUUGAACGAAUGGGCUCGCAGAGGGACAAGGAUGGCGGCGCAAAAAUCCGUACACCGAAACGUCAGCGCAAAGACAGCGCCACAGACAAGGACAAAGAAGAACAGAAAAAGUUCAAACUAGAUGACUCGGAGAAACUCAUCAACAUAGAGGAAACUGCCAUCGACGGCAUUGAACUCAUGGCCAACUACAAGAUACUGCAAGAAGAUGAAGAAAAACCCAGCACAGAAGAUGAGAAAGAACGGGAAAUCACAGAAGAUGACGCCGGAUACCUGCCAGAGAGAGACAAGGAUAUGUCAGAGAGAGACAAGGAUAUGUCAGAGAGAGACAAGGAUAUGUCAGAGAGAGAAAAAGAUAGUUUUUCGGAAAUGGAGGACGAUGAAAAGUAUAAUAAGAGCGAUACGGAUAAUGAAAGUGAUCAUGGAAAGGAUAAGAAUGGGAAGGAUUCGCAGUUCAAGAAUUUGAAGGUAAAAUUUCGUAUCCGCCCGAAGAAGCGUGGCGGCAGUAUCUACACUCUAGUCAUGGAUAAAGAUGCAGAGGAACCCAAGAUCGAGGAGUCGAAGGCUGAGGAGCCCAGCAAGGAGGAGGAGGUCAAGCCGGACAUUGAUGUGGACCUCGCACUGCGGCAGAUUAGGAAGGGGUGGAGCGCGACUGAUGCUGGAGACCUUACUAUAGGGGACUUGUAUCUUAUGUUCGGUUCCCGGUCUAAGCUAGAACUGGAUUACUGGUGGGCGGAACCAACGCCUCCUUUACCGCAGCCACAAAAGUCGGCAAUACCCGUACCAACCUUACUGUCGGAAAAACGGGACAAGUCGGACAAAUCCGACAAGAUGUCUGAUAAAGGAGCCGACAGUUCUGUGGAAGAUGAGAAAGAGAGAGCGAGAGAGAGUGACAAUGAUAUCCUGUCUCCGAAGAACACGUACAGCCAGGAUAGUAACGAUGGAAUGUCGGGAGAUGAGAGGAAGUGUGAGCAGUUGGCUUCUCCGGACCAUAAGUCGUCUUCUGGCGGGGGGACCCUGAAACUGGUCAGCAAACUCAUCAACAGGCCACAGGCGCCACAAACACAGCAGAACGGGUUUGCUGCCAUGAGCGAUAGGUUACGUCGGUUACUAUGCCUGGUGGGCAACCCCCACGUGGGGGGUGCGGCAGGGGCGGGGGCGGGGGCGCGCUGUCGCUGCCCGGCCACGUGUCCGCGCCGGACGCACCAACACACGCUGGCACUGCCGCUACUGAAACCGCAGCAGUACCAGUCCCCCGCGGCGGCGGACGUGGCGGGCGCAGUGUUCCGCCAGCCCAUACCCAUCGCACCCCGACCCGGAGCUGAGCUGGCGCAGUCGGAGAUCCAGUGGGAGGGGCUGCCCCGCUGGCGGCGCGGGCGGCCGCGGCUGGCCGACCGCCGCGUCGUCGUGCAGCGCCUGCUGCCGCUGCUGCCCAAGCUGCCGCCCGCCGACAGUACGACAGUGCCCCCCAUAAAGAAGGUGUCGACCCCGUCGUCCCCGCCGCCACCGCCGCGACUGCUGCCCAAACCACCACUACUCGGUCAAGACAACAGCGUGUCGAUAGUGUACGUGGUGAGCGAGUCCAACGGGCAGUACUACUUCCACGACGGCAACCGACGCAUCCCCAUCGUGCCGGAGAAACCGCUGCACCAACCCCUCGUCAUCAAGGAAGAAUGUCCAUCCGAAGACUCGAAGACGAAUGGCAACGGAGUACAGGAGCCCGGCCUCAGUCCGGAGGGAGGGGAGGACGGGGACAAGGGGGAGGGAAACAAACAGGAACAUACUGGCGCUGCUACUGGACCGCCGGAGUUCCUGUCGACGGAGUCGAUGUCGCUGUCCCCGUCCCGUCUGCUGCACGACGCGGACGGCUGGCUGGACGCCGCCGACCACGACUUCUCGCUCACCUCCUUCCUCGGACACCUCGAGGGGAGGCCCAAUGUGGACUCCCACUUACAGUCCCUAAUGGCGGAGUCCAGCGUGGACUACGUGGCCAAGUUCGCAGACCUGGCUGCUGAGGUCACCGACGAACCAGAUCAAGCUCACGAGGAACCCACUUAAAAACCAACCUUAUUACUACUGGGAUAAAGUUCAUUUUGUCAUGUAUACUGUUAACGGUACAAUAUCUGGUGACGUAUAUUGUUUUAGUGAUAUUUAUGUGUUAAUGGAUGAAAUUUUUAAACUUUGUGAUUGGUUGAAUUGCGUCAUAAAUCGUGAUUUUGUAUUAAAAUCGGCUAUUUCGGCCGUCAGUCAAUUGUCGACUUUAUUGCCUUGGGCAUUGAGUUCAUUUUAGAAUGAACGUUUUUAUUCAGUGAUAUUUAUUGAUGUGCUAAAUUUGUAGUAGAUUUCAUUGCUUUGCAUGUAAAAUUUGCUUUGUAACAAAUCAAUUC